GUAAAGGUUAGAAAUUAAUUUAAUUCCCAAAGAUUGGAGACAGGGUAGUUUGCAAGACAGGCUAUGAAACCUUUCCCUUCAAGUGCAUCUUUGGCAUGUUUUCAAUGUAUAUAUAUUCUGAUUUCCCAAUACUGUUCCUCAUCCUCUUCAACCCCUUUUACAUUCUAAUAAUCAGCAAAUGAGUCUCCAAAGCAAUUCCAUUUCUCUUUUGGUUCCCCUGGCUGCAAUUUUUGCAUCUUUGUAUCUCAUAAAUCCAAAUCCACAUUUCCUCAACAAUUUCACAUACUCCAAUAUCACAACCUUUUCACCUUCAUCUAUAUACUUGGCUCUUCCUUUAACUUACAACUCCGGCAGAGACAAUCAUUAUCAUCGUCGCCGACCGCACAAUAAACAACCUGAUAGUGACAAUGGUGGUUCUGUUUGUGAUGAUUUUCCACCAGGCAUUCCACCUCCAACCACCAAUACCACUUCUUAUCUUUGUGUUGAUCGAAAAGGGUGUUGUAAUUUCACAACAGUACAAGCAGCCGUGAAUGCAGUUCCUGAUUUCAGUGUUAAAAGAAACAUAAUAUGGAUUAAUAGUGGCAUCUACUUUGAGAAAGUCAUGGUGCCAAAAACCAAACCCAACAUAACAUUCCAAGGACAAGGCUACACUUCAACUGCAAUUGCAUGGAAUGAUACUGCAAAGUCUGCAAAUGGCACAUUUUAUAGUGGCUCCGUUCAAGUUUUUGCCCCCAACUUCAUUGCUAAGAACAUAAGCUUUAUGAAUUUAGCACCAAUGCCAGCCCCUGGCGUAGAAGGAGCACAAGCAGUAGCUAUUAGAAUAUCAGGAGAUCAAGCUGAAUUCAGGGGUUGUGGUUUCUUUGGAGCACAAGACACCCUUCAUGAUGAUAAGGGUCGUCAUUACUUCAAAGAUUGCUAUAUUCAAGGCUCCAUUGAUUUCAUAUUCGGCAAUGCAAGGUCACUCUAUGAGAACUGUCAACUAGUUUCAAUAGCGAAUCCAGUACCCCCGGGACAAAGGAGCAUAAAUGGUGCUGUUACAGCUCAUGGAAGAGUUUCCAUGGAUGAAAACACAGGAUUUGCAUUUGUGAACAGCACAAUAGGAGGCAACGGCAGAAUAUGGUUGGGCCGGGCAUGGAGGCCGUAUUCCCGGGUUGUUUUCGCCUUCACGGCGAUGUCAGACAUCAUUGCCCCGGAAGGUUGGAAUGAUUUCAAUGACCCUACAAGAGAUCAAACUAUCUUCUAUGGAGAAUACAAUUGCUCUGGACCAGGGGCUACUGCGAAUUUGAGGGCAUCUUAUGUCCGAAGGUUAAACGAUACACAAGCUUUUCCAUUCCUCAACUCAAGUUUUAUUGAUGGUGAUCAAUGGUUGGAAACAUAGCAAUAAGCUAAACUUUACCAUGUAAAUUGAACUCUUUUUUUCAUUCUUACUGUGUAACAACUACACAAUUUAACCAAAGGAAAAAGAGAUACGAAUCAUUGAACUGCCUGUAUAUUAUAAUGACAAAUUGUUAACAAGUAUCAUUUGCUCUA